AUGCCAUCAUUUGUCAUUUGUGUUGACGUUCUUGGAGGGCACUCUUCGAUCUCUCCCCGCAGAACCCCCACUUGGGUCCAGCUUUUGACCGAGGUGUAUUUUUUGCUCCAAGCCGCCUUAGGCGGCGAGCUUUUUGAUGUCUAUACCGACCAGGAUUUUUGGGGUCAGGCCGACAAAGCGCGGUUCUACGUGGCAUGUGUGGCCUUAGGCCUGUCACACCUACAUUCUAAGCAUGUCAUUUGGCGAGAUCUCAAACUCGAGAACUGCCUCAUGGAUGCCAAGGGCUAUUUGAAGAUCACCGACUUUGGCAUUUCAAAGAUGGUAACGGGAAAGACCUACACGGUCUGUGGCACUGCUGACUACUUCGCGCCUGAGACGCUGAAACAGGUUGGCCAUAAUCGUGCAGCCGACUGGUGGGCCCUGGGCAUUAUGCUCUUCAUCAUGAUCGCCGGCUACAGCCCCUUUGAUGCUCCUGAGGUCACUCAGAUCUACAAAAAUAUCAUCAAAGGUGAGGGACCUCAGACCUUGACGCAUCGACUUGCAUCGAUUUGCAUAAUUCUGCAAUCAUUGCUGAUCCCCUCCGAGCAUCCCAGGCACCUGAAACCAUUCCAUUUUGCAUACCUGGCUGUUCUGGCUCGAGUGUAG